AUGGCCACUGCUCUCGUCGACUAUUCUGCCCCGACUUAUUUCGAGAAUAAUCCGAUUCUUACUAAGAAGAAUCUUUCUGUUGACCAUAAUCAUGGCGCUGUCCUCGCAAAACAAAUGAUCGGCGAUGCUCUUCGCCAGCGCGUGGAGAGUAUUGACCAUGAAUCCUGUGAUCCCGGAGACGAGGACACCUUCUUCGUCGGCGAUCUUGGCGAGGUUUACCGUCAGCAUAUGAGAUGGAAGAAGAAUCUUCCCCGCGUCAAGCCCUUCUACGCUGUCAAGUGCAACCCGGACCCCAAAGUGCUCCAGCUUCUCGCUGGUCUGGGUACCGGCUUCGAUUGUGCCUCCAAGGCCGAGAUCGAGCAGGUCCUUGCAAUCGGCGUCGACCCCUCGCGUAUCAUCUAUGCGCAGCCUUGCAAGACUAACUCGUACGUCCGAUUCGUUGCGAACCAAGGCGUCAAGCAGAUGACAUUCGACAAUGCUGAUGAGCUGCGCAAGAUCGCCAAGCUCUUCCCUGGUGCCGAGCUUUUCUUGCGCAUUCUCACCGAUGAUUCGUCGAGCUUGUGUCGUCUAAGCUUGAAAUUCGGCGCUUCCCUCGACGCGACCGACGAUCUUCUCCGUUUAGCGAAGGAGCUCGGACUCAACGUCGUCGGCGUCAGCUUCCAUGUGGGAUCCGGUGCCUCUGACCCCAUGGCUUUCCUAAAGGCCGUUCAAGAUGCCGAUGUUGUCUUCAAGCAGGGAUAUGCUCAUGGCUUCGAGAUGAAGACGCUUGAUGUGGGAGGAGGUUUCUCGGGUGACACCUUUGAGACUAUGGCCCAUGUUCUUCGCGAAGCUCUGGACGAGUACUUCCCACCUCAGAUCAACAUCAUCGCCGAGCCUGGUCGCUACUACGUGUCGUCGGCAUUCACCAUCGCUUGCAACAUUAUCGCGCGCCGUUCCAUCGAGAAUCCCGUCACCGGCGAGACCAGUUACAUGGUUUACGUCAACGAUGGCCUUUAUGGAAACUUUAGCAGCAUCAUGUUUGAUCAUCAGCACCCCAUUGCGAAGGUUCUACGCACCGGUACUCGUACCUAUUAUGAUAGUGUGCUUGCCGAUGCCGUUCCUAAGGGCACAUGUGCUAGCGCCGAGUACUCGAUCUGGGGUCCGACCUGCGAUGGUAUUGACCGCAUCACCGAGUCGAUCCAUUUUGCGCAUGAGCUCGAUGUUGGUGACUGGUUCUAUUUCGAGGACAUGGGCGCUUACACGAAGUGCUCCGCGACCAAAUUCAACGGCUUCAGUGAUGCGCACGAUGUCAUCUAUGUUUGCAGUGAGCCCGGUGCAAGGGCCAUCAUGCGACUCUAG